UGGAAAUUGAAGUGUCAUGUGAAGGUUGUACUUUACUCCUCUUUCUAAAGCAACGCAAUCUGUCAAACACAGCAGAUUUAACGUUUUAGGCAAAUGGACAAUACUGUGUUCAUCUGAUUUCACUGAAGAGAUUUAAAACAAUGAACCUGAGACACCUAAUGAGGCUACUUCUGUUCUGGAGUACACUUUAUCUUCAAACACCUGAUGGGUCUGCUGUUAUAAUGGCACAGGAUUUAAGCAGGACAAACUUUAAAAUGAGUCGAGGGGUUCUGAAGGAAAAACUGAGCACUUUACAAAUCAAGCCUAAAAUCACAGUCAGUGUCAUUCUGGGAAACAGUACAGAGCUACAAUGCAGAAAUGAGUCUGGAGAAGCAUUGGUCGUGUGGUGGCAGACGCCAUUUGGAUCAUUUGGAGAAAGACACAAGUUUAGCAAUAAGGACCCAUUAGAGAUGAAUCAGAGUAAUUUGAGAAUCCCAAAGGUCAUGUUAAGUCACACCGGACUCUACAGUUGUCAUCUUGUGGACAGUCGAGGCGGUCACACAGUCAAACCAUACACAAUAAACGUUUUGAACGGAAACACACCUAAGACGAGAACAAGGAUAAGAACAGCCAGAGAGGCUGAGAAUCUCGCUGUCGAAUACACUCAUUUUGCAGCAGCUGUAGCAUCAUCAGUACUGGUUACCUUUAUUGGAGCGUUUACGCUCGGUGCCUUCAGCCAACCCUACGUCAUCAAAUGUCUCCAAAAAACGAGGGCCAGAAUGUGUCCUAACAAACACCACCGAAAGACUACGAGAGUCAGUAGUCAUAAGCUCAGCACUGUGUUUUUCCACCGAAAUGCAAACUCUGAAGAUGAUACUGUAGACUUUGUGUCCAUCAAGGCUCCUUCAGAUGGAGCUCACCUGGAACAUGACUCAAUAAGCAAAGAUGCUGAAAACAGCCUAAACUCCACAUCAAACCGAGAAGCAGGUGAUGAAGAUGGAGCAGAACACAACACCAGACUGGGAUCAGAGACGAUCGAACGCAAACGAGUCAGUAGAGUUAUUAAAGUCUACAACUACGAUGAAGAUGGAAACCGAUUCAGCCACAUCAAUGAACCUGAAGACAACCCUACCCCCAGACAGAGAGUGAUGUCACUCACUCGACUCCAGAGCAUCAUGAGCGAGGCAGAAUCACCAAAUUUCUCCACCAGCAAAGAUUCAAAUGAACCAGAUGAGGGUCUAAGCAUGACUUUAAACACCCAGUAAAGAUUAUUUGGUGCUAAAUAUGAUAUAUUUUAUUACUAUAAUGCCCUACAAUACAAUUUAACACAAUACCUUCUUUAUACAACUUUCCACCAAUUGCCAAUAUGCGAAAUAUCAGUGGCAUCCAGUGUUUGCUUUAGUAAAGUCUAGUUCAUCCAAUCAUUUCCCCUAAAUAGACACAGAUCAAGAAUAACAUUAUGACUGGUGGGUGAAUAACACUGGUUAUCUCUUCACCUGUUAGUAGGAGGGAUUUAUUAGGUAACAAGUGAACAUUUUGUCCUCAAAGUUGAUGCGAUAGAAGCAGAAAAAAUUUGCAAGCAUAAGGAUUUAUGCGUUUGACAAGCGACAAAUUGUGACGUCUAGACGACUGGGU